GCAUUUCCCACUGACAUCACCGGUAGUGUCUUCCCUGGAAAUUCUCUUGUAUCCAGGAGAACACUAGAAUCUGUGAUGUCACCAGUGUUGUGGUGACACCAACUGCCUGAGCGAUUUCCCUUCAGUUUCUAAUGGGUUCCCAAGGAGGCAUGUUCUCCAGGAUCCUCAGUCUCUUUCGGAGGGACAAUCAUAUCCAUGCAGGCACCAGACCAAGGCAGAGGGAGGCCAGCCUUCUUUCACGUUGGAGAAGAAGACGAAUGGAAAGGUCCUUGAGGAGGUCAAAUGAAGUCUGAUCAGAAGGCAUCAUCCCAACCCUCCACAACACCUGUUGAGGAGGAGAGAAUGAAUCGUCUGGAGAACCUCAAAAUUGCUCUCCACAAGAUGCAGAAGGAGAGAGAUGAACUCAGGAGAAUCCUGGCCGAUUACCCGGGAAAGAAUUUAAAUGACAGGAACAACUUUGAGUCCGAGAUGCUCACGAUGCAGCACCAGGAAGUGAUGACCGACAUGAAGAAAAUGAGCGAGCAGGUCAAUAGAGCUUUGGUCAAAUGUACACACCUCACACUGGAAAAUGACUGGUACUGCCGCAGCUUCUGCCCCUUCCUAACUGAGUUGUUUGAGCUGAAGAACAAUGCCCAGAGAGCACGGAAUGAGAACAGGGAGCUUCUAUGGGAACAGAUUGCACUGGAAGAGUCUAUUAAGGAAACAACAAGGUUCUUUGGGGAAGCCAGUAUGAAAAUCCGAGUAACAAGCAGACUCAGGUCUGAACACUGCAGCAGAAGCUUUCCCAGGGCACAGAGCAGGAUUACAGCUCUCAGAGACAGGACUGUCUACCAGGAGCACUGAGGGUGCAAAGAUUGACACCACCUCCCACAUCUCAGUCCUUGUAAACAUAGCAAUCUUGGGCUGCAUUUGAAAGACCUUGAGGUGUGGCCUGGAACACGCCUCACGUUUAACCUUUUGAGGACUUGUCCAUCAACAACCAACCACCCGGAAUGAGGCGUCUACAUUCAUCUUGAGGAGAUUUUUACCAUCUUACCUGCCGUUCUGCUGUGUUUGCAAGGCCAGCAACAGGCUGGAGUUAUAUGUUGAAGAAACAGCAGGAAUUGAAUGCUGACUAAUUUACUUGUUAUAUUUGAUAUUUAGUUUGAAGUUUGGUUUUAUGCAUUUGGUUUUAUUUGUUUAAGUUUGAAGUUUUGUUAUUUAUUUGUUAACUUUAGUUUUUUAAUUAAUAUGCUAUAUUCCUAAUGCUAUAUACAUUGAACUCAUUGACUCCCCACUUUAAAGUGUUCUUGAAUAAAUUAAUGCUUGCCUAUAAAUAAAAAUGUGACCUUUAACCCUUCACUCACAA